CCCUCAAGCUGGACUUGGAGAAGAAGCUGUUUGGACAGCACCUCGCCACCGAAGUGAUUCUCAAGGCACUGACUGGCUUCAGGAACAAUAAAAAUUCCAAGAAACCACUGACUCUGUCCUUGCACGGCUGGGCUGGCACGGGCAAGAAUUUUGUCAGCCAGAUUGUGGCUGAAAACCUUUAUCCAAAAGGCCUGAAGAGUAACUUUGUUCACCUGUUCGUCUCUACUCUGCACUUCCCUCAUGAGCAGCAGAUAAAACUGUACCAGAACCAGCUCCAGAAGUGGAUCCGAGGCAAUGUGAGCGCGUGUGGCCUCUCCGUCUUCAUCUUUGAUGAGAUGGAUAAGUUGCAUCCCGGGAUCAUUGAUGCAAUCAAGCCCUUCCUAGACUACUAUGAGCAGGUGGAUGGGAUUUCCUACCGCAAAGCCAUCUUCAUCUUCCUCAGUAAUGCAGGUGGGGACCUGAUAACGAAGACGACCCUGGACUUCUGGCGGGCAGGAAGGAAGAGGGAAGAGAUCCAACUGAAGGACCUGGAGCCCGUGCUGUCUGUGGGUGUCUUCAACAACAAGCACAGUGGUCUGUGGCGCAGUGGGCUGAUAGACAGAAACCUCAUCGACUACUUUAUCCCCUUCCUGCCCUUGGAGUACAGACACGUGAAGAUGUGUGUGCGGGCAGAGAUGCAGGCCCGGGGGGUUGCUGUCGAUGAAGACAUCGUCACCAGGGUGGCAGAUGAAAUGACAUUUUUCCCCAAGGAUGAGAAGAUCUACUCAGACAAGGGCUGCAAGACUGUGCAGUCACGGCUGGAUUUCCAUUGAGUUCUUCACCUCAUGGGGUGGGAGGAUUCAGGGGCGCCUCCAGCUCCUCCAGGGCCUUGCCAAAGCACUUUAAAGACCCCCUUGGGGCUUUGCACAUUUGCACCUGUGGACCCGAAUGCUGUCAGUGUUGCAUGGCAGCAGCUGAAUACGAACUUUAGGCUGUGAAUCAAGUGCCUAAAUGUCGGGACGUGGUGCCAAUGGUACCUGUGCCUCAGAUGCCUAAUGGGCUACAGCACCCUGUAGCAGCCUUGGGGAACCACAUUUUCCCUUCCAGGAACACCCACCUCUGCUUUUUUUUUUUUUUUUUUUUUGCCCUGAUCUGUCAAUUCAGAAGCAGAUGCUGGUCUCUGAGGGGAGCAUGUGAGCUUGACCUCUGCAGAACUGUCAGUGUGAGCAGUAGGAACCCCCUCUGAGGCACUUUAGCACACUGGGACACAGAGCCUUUGAGGCAAUACUUUACCUUAGCUGCUUCUGCUUAGCCCUGGCUGUGGAAUUUUCUCACCUGUCUCCCACUGUGUAUGGGUUGUAACCUGCCUUGGCCCAUGUCUCUUGAACUGUUAGAUUCACCCCAGCCUCAUCCCUGGUCAUGUCAGAACAAGCCAUCAGCUUUGAAGGAAAUCUGGGUCCGUUUGCCAGUUACACUUGCUCUGAAGGUUAAGGUCAGCUGUACAGCUACAGCACCAGGCUCAUGCAUAGGAAGAGUAAGCACUAGGCUAGGUCUUGCAUGGCCACACCCCCCAGUGUGUUCAAACUGUCUGCAGGAGGGGCCACACACCAGAGAUGCUGGUUUUUUUAAGGACAUGUAUAUUUUUAAAAUAUGUUUUUUUACUUCCAAACGUUAGGUAAUAAAAGUAUAAGAUGCCAUGUGUUUUAAAACCUAGGAAGCACCUGGCAGUGGUGGCACAGAUGUAUCUCUGAGUUUGAGGCCAGCCUGGUCUACAGAGUGAGUUCCAGGACAGCCAGGGCUACACAGAGAAACCCUGUUUCAAAAGACAAAAACCUGGGAAGGACAUAAAUUAGACUAAGUAUUCUUGGUAUUCUCAGGUUUUUAUUGUUGCUGGGUGUGGGACACAAUGCCCAUGCUCCUAGCAGGAAGAUCUUGACUCAGGGUUCCUCCACUAUGUUGUGAGUUUGAGGCCAGCCCAAGCUACAUGAAACUCUUAAAAGAAAAAAAAGGUUUUUAUUGUUAAAAUGUGUAGAGUGGGAAUUAUAUAGGCACAAUUUUAGACCCCACAGUCCUCAGUUUGUAGUGGGUCCUGGAUGUAAUCUCCGGGUGAUGCCUUGAGUGGCAAUAAUGGGCUGGGCUGUUCUGACUGUAGGAGAGCAAGUCUGUGAUUCCAGCCUUGUGAACCAUUCUGUCCCAUAGUUACAAUGCAGCUGCAGACAUGAGAAGACUGUGCCAUAAUUUUAUAGAAUGUGGUAGAAUGACUAUUUUUAUAACAUGGAGAUGCCUUACAGAGAAUCACAUUUAGUCUUUUUAAAACGAGUGUGGUAGUGUAUACCUUUAGCCCCAGCACCUGGGAGGCCAUGACAGGACUGCAUCAACUUUGAGGCCAGCCUAGGCCAAACCACAUACAGAGACACUGUCUCAAAGCAAAAAGCAAACAAAAGCCUGCCAAGGUGAGGCUGAGUUCCAUGCCAUAUUCUUGGGUUGGACCCAAGUUACCAUUUAUAACCUGUUGCGUGCCUGAUCAAAAAGAAACAAGCUUUUCUGUUUACAGUGAUGCAAUGUGUGGACACGUGUUGGCCACCUUUGGACUGCUGUUACCAUCUGUGACUUGGAAAGGUGUGGGUUGGCCUGUGAGAAGGCAUGAACAGUUGGAUGCAGACUAAUAAAGCCAGUGUGGUUUCCCUCA